GACGUAAAAAAAUGGCAACUCCAAGUUCCCACGGUAUGGUCCUAUGCUCCGUUCACGUCUCGUUGACCGUGUUGUCUGUCCAUCGCGCAGGUACAGUGCGAUCGCCAACAACAGUAGAGAACCUAGCGUGAAGCUACAGCUCAGCAGACAAGCCUGGUCGUUGCUACGUACCCCAGACGGGCGGGGCGCCGUCGUAAAAUCAUGGAGGAUUUUCGAUUCAAUGGCAGAGGCCUAUGCUCUCCUUCGUGCUGUAGAGGAGAAAUAUGGCCCUAUUCACGAGUAUUGGUUCCAAAAGGACCAAGAGGACCCUUCAAAAUACACUUCUGUCAUUCGUGUGCAGUUUAAAAAUGCGGAAUCUUUACAGGAUAUCACGUUCUCUCCCCAGCCGUUGCACACCGUCGCUCCAAUAGUCCCGGUACGCCCUGGAGGAAUUGGGCUGGAUGAUUUGAAAGGACUCCUCGCACCUCGUGCACUAAUGCAGAAAUCAACGGAUGGGACGGAGCCAAUGCCUGAUAUUGGGGAAGGCGAAAGAGUCAUGGAUGCUAGCAUCUCCAAGGCCGCUCAGCCAUUGUAUACGCCUGGAAUUUCGAUAAACCGAAAAAUUGUUCCACGGAAUAUCAAGGCCAUCUAUGACUGGGGAGGCUUUUUCCCUCUGGAGCCACUACCUGAAGGCGCUCCGCUAACGACCGACCACCCACACAUGCGGAUGGCUCUGCAGCGGUGGACGUAUGACUUGAAUUUCCGACCACCACCUAAUUCUGACAAAUCCGACGCGCAGAAAAGGGUGACACCUCAUAGUGGCUACACCCGGACGACGCGUCGAGAGGCUCCACCAGUUCCUCAGGCGCCAAUUUUUCAUGCGCCAGUGGAGUCUCCUUCUUCCCCUCCUCCCUCUUCCUACCGGCCAGUACCUGCUCCUGUAGUCAAGAAAUCUCGUGAACCAUGGGAUCCUCUUCCUAAGCCUGUACCACAACAAGCUACAGCGACGGCGGACGCAGCACCGGUAGAAGUAGCAACGCAACGCACCCAGCCGUCACCACCACCUAGUCCAGUCCGGAAGGCGGCUCCCUCUCCAGUCAGCCUACCUGAAGCUGCAGAUAUUCCGUAUAUCGAUCUUCCACCCGUAGUAACGAGGAGGGAUAGAAAGGCUCGGUUGAUGGCCGCCCAACAGGCUAUAAAUCCGACCCCAAAGACCACAAAGGCCUCUACACAACCAGUGAAGAGGCCUAAACAGAAAAAGAAGAAGGAGAAACCUGUUGAGGAGCCCCCGCCUCCCAAGGAAAGCGUUAUUGAAAAGCUGAAAAAGACGUUCUUUGGUUCAUGGUUCAGUUAACGUAGACGCCUUAAUUCAUUAUUUAAAUUAUACACAUUCUACCCAUC